GACGAGUUUGAGGCGGAAGUACGAAUUGUCGUUCCUCAGUUCUCAGCUAAGCGUUGGGUCACAAGCUUCCUCGUUUACACGGCUUCACCAACACUUUUUCUAAGGACGACUUCUAAUCGAUCUGGAUCUUUGAAGCCUGUUGGUCCCGUCCAUCUGAAGCAAUUCAACCAAUCAUGAGCAGCAGCUACAGCGUCUCCCUCAUUGGUCCCUCCCCCUGGGGAUUCCGACUGCAGGGUGGGAAGGACUUCUGCAUGCCCCUCACCAUCUCAAAAUUGACAGAUGGGGGAAAGGCAUCCAAAGCCAAGAUCAGCGUUGGAGACACUGUGCUGUCCAUCGAUGGUAUCUCCACAGAUGGAAUGACCCAUCUGGAGGCCCAGAACAAGAUCAAGGCCUGCACUGGCAACCUGAACCUCACCCUGCAAAAGGGCACAAGUACUCCAAAAGCAGAAGCAGCCCCUAAGACCGAGUCCCAGGAGAUCCUAAAGCCUGUGCCCAUCACGCACGCGUCGGUCUCGCCCGUGCCCUUCUCCAGCGGCGGGAGCGGCCGGGGCAGCCCCGCCAACCCCGCCUACAACAAGACCGCCCGGCCGUUCGGGGGCGGCAGCGCGCCCUCCUCGGGGGUGUCCAUCCCCUCCGCCUCGUCCGCCUUCACCCCCCACGCCCAGCAGCAGCAGCAGCAGCAGCCGCCGCAGCAGCAGCCGCCGCCCAUGCGUGCCUUCCCCGCUCCCUCCUCCUCUUCCUCGGCCUCUUCGUCGGCCUCCUCCUCUCCGGCCCGGGGAGCCCCGCCACCGAGCACCAACACGGGGGGGGGCUCCGGCGCGCCCCACUCGUCCGUCUACAACACGCCCAUCCAGCUGUACUCCAACGCCAACGCGUGCGAGGUGGCCAUGGGCCAGCGCCGCGGCCUGUACGAGGGCAAGGGGGGCGUGGAGCUCGUUAACGGGACGGCAAAGAAGCCGGUGCUGACGGCAGAGCAGCGUGAGGCGGUCGCGGCCCCGGUGGUGCCAGCGCCGGACGCCAGUAAGAAGCGGCUGAUGGAGGACACGGAGGACUGGCACCCGCGCACCGGCACCACCCAGUCACGCUCCUUCCGCAUCCUGGCCCAGAUCACCGGCACCGAGAACGAUCAAGCUCCAGAGAACAGCUCUGCAAAGAAUGAAGUGGUCGAAGAUAUUCACUCCAGUGCUCCCCUGAAAUCCAAAGUGUCCUCUGGAGGCCCUCGCCAUGGUAACGGAGUGGCCCCACCUGCCUCCAAGCCCUGGCAGUCCAGCAGCACAGCAGGUCUGCCCAAAGCAGGCGUCCAGCCGUCGUUCGGUCGUGUGAGUGGCGGUGGCGGCGGCGGCGUUCCCAAGCCUGCUCCGGCUCGCCCCGCCCCCCAGCCCCACCCCAUGGACCAGGACUCCCUGGUGCAGCGCGCCGAGCAUGUGGCAGCCGGAACCCGCACACCCAUGUGUGCCGCCUGCAACGUGGUCAUCAGGGGUCCGUUCCUGGUCGCAAUGGGGAAGGCGUGGCACCCCGAGGAGUUCAACUGCGCCCACUGCCGCGCCUCGCUGGUGGAGGUGGGCUUCGUGGAGGAGCGGGGCAAUGUGUACUGCGAGCACUGCUACGAGGAGUUCCUGGCCCCCACCUGCGCUCGCUGCCAGGGGAAAGUGCUCGGGGAAGUGAUCAACGCGCUGAAGCAGACAUGGCACGUGUCUUGCUUCCUGUGCACGUCCUGCCAGCAGCCCAUCCGCAACAACACCUUUCACCUGGAGGACGGACAGCCCUACUGCGAGAAAGAUUACUAUGAGCUCUUUGGGACGAGCUGCCAUGGCUGUGACUUCCCCAUCGAGGCAGGAGACAAGUUCCUGGAGGCUCUGGGCUUCACUUGGCACGACACCUGCUUUGUGUGCGCGGUCUGCCAGACAAGCCUGGAGGGCCAGGCGUUCUUCUCCAAGAAGGACAAGCCCUUGUGCAAGAAACAUGCCCACACUGUCAAAAUCUAAACCCAGCGUGUGCCCGCAGGAGAAGAAGCCGGGGAUGCACACAGAAAACAAACAAACAAAUAAACAAACAAACAAACAUAAAACAGAUGGCCUAUUCCACAAUCUGUUGAUAUUCUUCAUUUGUGAAAGACUGUUUAAGUGUACAUGUUGAUAGGUAUCGCUAAGAUGUUGAGGUGUUUGGUGUGGGGGAACUGAUGCUUCUAAUUUCAUGUAUUUCCUUCAUGGACAUUGUGCUGAAUGGGCACAAAGUGACCACGACACUCAGGUGCCAUGAUUUAACUCUAGACAGAACGAUUCUCUUCUAUCACUGAAUUCAAAAUCUGAGGAUUCCAAAGUAGAAUCAACAAGUAGAUCGCGGCGUGUGUGCUCCAAAAAAAUUAGACCAGUCUUCUAAAACUACGCUACGCAAAUGGAUCUGUUCCAGUUGCAGACCCUGUGUAGCCCGGGCUUAAGAAUUUAUCAAACCAUAGUUAUCAAGGGCCAACACAGCUGCCUUCAUGCACUGUUGUGCUAGGUAAAGUAUUUCAAUGUGUUCAUUAAGCUGGUCUCUAAGCUAAUUGUAGACGAAUUAAAUAGGAAGAAACUCAUUAACCACAGCCUUAGUUUAAUGGUCUGUGUGCAGUUACAAGACUAUGUAUUCUAAGUAAAAAUAGAUAGAUUUCUAAUGGACUCUGAUAGUCUGUUGGGUAGCUUAUAGCUCUAUGGUGAUGUUGUCCACUUACGAAACUCAGCAAAGAGUCAAUUAACAGUUUGAUCUACGUAAAGUCUAUCAGGGAAACAAGCAGUGGAACCUGUUUAGGGUCGAAGGUCACACACUUCUUUUCCCUAUAAAGUGUGACCAUUCAACUCCCACAUGUCUCUCUCCUCUUCUGUUGCUGAGGUACACCUCAGUUUUAUUUAACCUGCUCUAUUUAUUUUAGUGGAAGGGAAGAUUUAGGGGUUCUUAGAGCUUUGCACAAUUUCACUGCACUGAUGGUCCAUGUAGUUUAGGGGCAGUGAUGUUUUUUUUUAAUAAAAGAUUUGUUUUUAUAUGUUUAAAUGAUAUUGUUUUACGUCAUUGCAAAGUACGUCUUUCUUGUACCCUGCAAUGUUGAGUUAAAGUUAAAUGUAAUUGUGUUAAAUCGAUGCCAACAUUGUGCCUUAGUGCCUCCAAGUAAAUCUUUGGAGCAUUUUUCUCUUUAAGCAGUUAACAUUGUAACAGUUAACAUUAACAAUAUGUUGCUAAAGAAUAUUUGCUGUUAACGUACAUUUUGCCUUUUUACCUAUUUAAAAUGGAAAUAUUGAGAUGAAUUUGGGAGAUAUGCUUCUAAAAUGUAUGCUAAUUGUAAAAAAACAUGGGUUUGAUUGUAUUAUGUUUGUUGUCAGUCACUUUGUGGAUGUCUAAAAGUUGCCAUGUCUAUCAGUUUUUCACAGCCAUUGUCAGUAUGUUUUCCUAGUGGAAAAACCUCUAAUAAAGAGUAUUGAUCUGGGACAUACCUA